AGUGCCUUCAGUUAGCAUCACACCUCCAGGGAAUGUUGAUGGUAUCAACUGCAAAGUAUCAAUAGAUCCAUAGAGGCAAGUGUUUAGCGUAAAAGUUUUUUAGUGUGAAGGGUGGUAGACCGGAUGACAACACCUCCGCCCACAGAAGGGCUGGUCAUGCGGCCUGCACUGCUGAGAGGUCCGUGGAGGAUAUCAACACAGAGAUGGCGAAAGCUUCACACGAUACCUUUAACCGGGACUGCCUUUCGGGUUGAAAUACGGUAGACUUGGUGUGUUGGUGAAGCUGGCGUCUCAUCGGGCGUUUUGGCUCCGCGGGGAGGACAUGGAGCUGCCGCAGGAGGAGGCAGAGGAGCGCAGGAGAGAGCACUGGAAGCUGUUGUCCAGUCUAAAGACCACAGUGGAGGGCCUUGUCUCCACAAAUAACCCAAAUGUGUGGUCACGCUAUGGAGGCCUGCAGCGACUGCACAAAGACAUGAACAACAUCCUCAGUCAUGGACUGAGGAAUGAGCAGGUCUACUACAGGCAGAAGGACUACUGGCCUUUUGUAUCAUGUGUUCGAUUGAUCUGUCCCAAUCUUGCUCCACAUGUUGAACAGUUUAUGCGCCUAGAGCCUGAAGUCAACAGUGGGACUUCAAAUACUAGUGAAAGCUACAAAGCGGAGCGCUGGCUGCUUCAUAGUUUACAAGUUCAUAGGCUGUCGGCACAACUGCGACCUCUGCUCAGGCAUCUGGGACAUGUGCGCAAGUUCUAUAAUGAUGAUGCCUUCCUGCUCAGCGAGCCUCAUGUUACCGCCAUGUUUCAGUGCCUUGAAGCUGUGGAGCAGAAUAAUCCCAAGCUGUUGGCCCAAAUAGACACUGUUGCAUUGUCCCCUCUAAAGGGCCCCCCUGGCUUGGGUCUGUUGAAAAGUCAGAGCCUGUGUGUUUUGCCGGGGUCUGGGGGGCUGUGGAGGAGUGCGGAUUUCACUCCCAAAGGUGUCUCUUUAAAUCGCAGACUCACCACAUCCAACUGUUCUCUUCGUGAGGCCAGCACCCCCAACACUAGCCAGACCACAGAGUUCAGCUUCCAAAAUGGGAACAGUACAAAUAACUCUUCUGUGGCUAACAACGUGGGGCCUCCAUGGGUGUGUGUGUCUGCUGCAGGAGAGAGUGAAGCAGGAGCCACUCCAGCUGUAAGCCUCAUCUCUACACCAAGUGUCUCUUUACCAGAGUCCCCCUCUUCACAGGAAACAUGUGACUCUGGUGAAGGUGACUUUGACGAUGGUCCAGAGUACCUUGCUAUUGGUAACCUGGGGCAACGCAAUCGACGGGACUCCAGAAGCUCUACGCCCAGUAGUGACCAAGGACAAACGAAGGAACCGAAUACUAAAAACAACUUGUUGGUCCCACCUCCACCAAGGCGCUCAUCUUUCUCUGAAGGACAGAGGGGGCCAGGCAGGGGGUCCCGUGGACAUACUCGUUCAUUUUCUGAUACAGGACUCAAUCAAAAACUCAGGAAUGAAUCAUCUGGUGAUGACCAUGUGAAGGAUUAUAAUCCAUUUUCAUCACAGUGCAGUGAUUCCAGUUCUCCUAAUUCUCUGUAUUUGGAGUCUGAUGGAUCUCAAACUAGACGUGUUUCAGAUGGGAUGUUCAGGAAACCCUCAGAGGGGCAGAGCCUCAUCAGCUAUCUGUCUGAGCAGGACUUUGGCAGCUGUGCUGACCUUGAAAAGGAGAACGCUCAUUUUAGCAUUUCAGAAUCCCUAAUUGCAGCCAUUGAAUUAAUGAAGUACAACCUGCGGCGUCAGGAGGAGGAGGGGGAGGAAGAAGGGGACAGUGACUGUGAAAUUCAGCAGCUCAAACAGAAGAUUCGUCUGCGCAGACAACAGAUCCGACGCAGCCGCCUGCCGCCCUGCGCAGCCUACAGCCAUAAUUUCCACUCCACAGACAGCGGCACUUCCAGACGAAGUUCUCAAGACUCUUACCAGGGCCUAUCUGACUCUGGCUCAGCAGAAGAGGUGGAAGAAUGUGAACUACGAGAUGGCUGUGAGGGGCAGUCCCUGCUGGCAGUGUCACAGAAUGGCCUCUCGUUGUCUCUCGCCUCCCUCUUCUCAGAUGCCGACAUAAAACGCAGUGUAAGCUCCAGUGGCAGGUCCUUCCUAAGCUCAGAGUCCUUCAGCUCUCCCUCCUUCCUCCAGUCCAACUCUGCAGAGUCUGUUGCCAUGGGUUUGCUCCGGCAGUUUGAAGGCAUGCAGCUGCCUGCUGCUUCUGAACUCGACUGGCUGGUCCCAGAACAUGAUGCACCUCAAAAGCUCUUACCCAUUCCUGACUCGCUGCCCAUCUCCCCUGACGACGGCGAACACGCAGAUAUUUACAAACUUAGAAUCCGUGUUCGAGGAAACUUGGAAUGGGCUCCUCCUCGACCACAGAUCAUCUUUAACAUCCAUCCCACUCCCAAAAGGAAGAUUGUGAUUGCAAAACAGAACUAUCGCUGUGCUGGUUGUGGCAUUCGCAUUGACCCAGACUACAUCAAGCGACUACGUUACUGCGAAUAUUUGGGUCGCUACUUCUGCCAGUGUUGUCAUGAGAACACACAAGCUAUUGUACCUGGACGAGUUUUGAGGAAGUGGGACUUCAGCAAGUAUUAUGUCAGCAACUUUGCCCGGGACCUUUUAAGUAAGAUCGCCGGAGACCCACUGUUUAACCCCAAUGACAUCAACAGUGGCCUGUACAAAAAGAUCAAGGCUCUGGAGUCAGUCAGGGUUUUAAGAGUGCAGCUGUUGCAUAUGAAAAACCUCUUCAAGACUUGUCGCUUUGCCAAAGAGAUUUUGGACCAGUUUGACACUUUGCCUGGUCACCUCACAGAGGACCAUCACCUCUUUUCGCUCAAUGACCUCACAGCUGUUCGCAACGGGGAAUUGGUCCCUCGAUUGAAAGAACUGCUCAAACUUGGUACUAGACAUGUAGCUGGCUGCGUGGUGAGUGGAUAUGUACCGUCUUGUAUUUUUAUUGAAAAUUAUUAUCGCAUAUACCUUUUUAAAAAAAAACAUUUUCCUGGAUUUAAAGCAUACCUUUGCCAUUGUAGAACUACAGCAAGGGUUUCUGUAGAUCUCAAAGUGAGAGCCAAAACUUUUAUUUCUCAAAGACACUUCAAUCUUUUUUGU